CUUAUCUAGCCGGACCAUUCAACUGUGAUACAAUAUAUGAGACUGAAAUGUCAUAGAUUUGGCACUAAUUUGAGAAACAUUCACAUUAGUACUGCGUGAGGCUUUUGUGGAUUCUUUGGCACGUGUAGAUUACGUCACGGUUUGAGAUUAAAAAUCAACUAUUCAACGUCGUUUUUAGCUGCCUCGCUGUAUUCCCAUCACGAUUUCAACGCUGGUGUCACUGUGUAAGCCAUUAUGGCAACGUUCAUGUAUUUUUCUUUUGGGAGCAAUUUGCUGAGGGAGAGACUACGGCUAAUGAAUCCGUCGGCGACAUUUUACUGUAUUGGUAGACUAAAGGAUUAUAAACUCAAUUUUGGAUUCAUCGGAGAGCAAAUGUCCAACAGCUGGCAUGGUGGUGUGGCCACCAUUGAACAGAGCACAGGGAAUGAAGUUUGGGGAGUCAUCUGGAAAAUAAAUCAAGACCAACUGGCCAGUUUAGAUAAGCAGGAGGGCGUGGAUGUUGGCAUGUAUCGACCGCUGGAGGUGAAGGUGGAAACGGAUGAAGGGGAUAUCGUCUGUAGAACGUAUCAGUUGAACGACUUCAAGCCCAGCCUCCCCUCCCCUCCAUACAAGCAGGUAAUAUGCCUCGGAGCCAAACAAAAUGGGAUACCCUUGGAUUACAUCAGGAAGCUUGAGGCGUUGGAGACAAAUGGCUACUGUGGGCCUUCCAUCUUAGAUGAUAUCAAAAGAGGUAAUGGAGUAGAACACCUGGGAAAUGGAAAAAAUAAGCCAAUGACUGACUUGUGUGGCAACCGGUGAGCAGAGUGAAUCAGCCUGUGUCCAGAAAACUCGUUUGGAAGGCUAAUACAGGAGCCAUUCUACAUAGAAACAAUACCAAAUAGUCAACUCAGAUUGCAUACCCUGUUAGUUACAUAGUGGCUGGGCAUUCAAACAUGCAGUUUAAAACUGUAAAACAUACUUGUAUUGAUAAAAUGUUAUGCUUUCUGAAGGAUAGUGGGUCUAAUGUUUAAAUGUAUUUGUUAAUCAGAAAUUAUCUAGUAAAUGUCAAGAUGGGAAGUGAGAAACUGUAAAUCAUGAAUUGUCUAGCUUAAAAUAUGUCACUUAAGUGAAUGUUUGUCCUAUAUUGACUCAGAUGGAAGAACAGUUGUGAUAUUGUCUUACACGGAAGUGAAUGUACUGGUGCAAUUAACCAGUUGCUGUAACUUCCAGCAAAGGGAUUAAAAAUGCUUUCCACACCA